GAUUGGCAAACGCCUUCAACGCAAGCAACAGCCCGGCAAGGUAAGCCAAAUCCUACGCCUUGUCGCUACGCAGUCCAACCUUCAUUUUAGCCUCAAGCAAAUAAUCAAAAAUGACCCACGACGCCGUUUGGUUCUCUCGUCCUAGAAAGUACGGAAAGGGUUCCCGCCAGUGCCGCCUCUGUGCGCACCAGGCUGGUCUCAUCCGCAAGUACGGCCUUGACUUGUGCCGUCAAUGCUUCCGUGAAAAGUCAGCUGCUAUCGGUUUCGUCAAGAACCGGUGAAAUGUAUCCAGUCGUGCACCUUCAUCUUAUAUCAUCAUUCUCUCGUCACA